AUGGACACCCAGUCCCCCUCCAAUACCGGUCGCGUAAACAACCGCCUCGCUCUCUUUCAGCAACAAAUCUCCCCCUCCUCAUCCACAUCCCCACAUCCGCAAUCCAAACCCACCAACUCCAACCCAAAAAUGGCAGCCCGGGAUCCAAUCACCUGCCAUUGUCUCAACACCUUGUCAGGCACACCAGCAGCAAACCUGCCAGUCACCCUGACCCUUCUGAGCCCCUCCACAACGGCCAACCCCGCCACCUUCCGCGCAACCACAAACGCCGACGGCCGUGUGGCUACCUGGACUCCGGUCGGAACAGCAUCACAGUCACAAUCGGUCCCUGCGAUCCUUGCUUCUUUGCCUGCGGCUGACAGCAAGACCAACUGGUCUGUACGCUUUGAUGUCGGGCCUUGGUAUGAGGCUCAGGGCGUGGAGAGUUUCUGGCCCGAGGUUGAGGUCAAGUUUACAGUGAAGGGUCGUGGAAAGGAAGGCGAGGAGGGCUGGAAGCAUUACCAUGUCCCCGUUCUUCUUGGUCCUUGGAAUUACUCUACUUAUCGGGGAUCGUGA